AUGCUGCUGAGCGGAGCGGCCGGAUCGGAGCGCGGCGGCGGCGGCGGCGGCGGCGGCGGCGGCGGGGCGGGGGCCGGUGGGGCACCGCAGUGCGUGGGCACCAUGGCCCGCUGGCUCCGCGAGCACCUGGGCUUCCGCAGCACCCGGCCCGCGCCCCCCGCGCCGCCCAAGCCCGACUACCGCGCCGGGCCGCCGCCGCAGCCGCCCCCGCCGUCCGGGGGCGCGGCCGAGCCGCUGGCCGCCGCCCAGCCCGACAUCGUGGCGGCCUACCGGCUGCAGAAGGAACGCGACUUCGAGGACCCCUACAGCGGUCCGCCGCCCUCCACCGCCGCCCCCGACGGACCCCGCUACGUCUCGCCCAAGCACCGGCUCAUCAAGGUGGAGGCGGUGGAGAAGGUGCCCUCCAGUCCCCCGCCGCCGCUGGUGCCCGCCGCCCCCAGCUCACCCCCGGCCGGCCCCGAGCCGCCCGACGAGCCGUCUCAGGAGGUGGCUGUCCUGGAGGACUACGCAGAUCCCUUUGAUGCGGCACAGGUGGCAGGUAGCCAGGCAGGGCUGGAGAAGGUGACCGAGAAUGAUGGAUAUAUGGAGCCAUAUGAAGCCCAGAAGAUGAUGGCUGAGAUCCGCCAGAAAGGCUUACGGGAGGCUCCUGCCCAGCCGCUGCACCUCUAUGACACUCCCUACGAGCCUGUGCUAGACAUGGACAGUGAGCGCCCGACCUGCCCCCGGCCCAGGGAGUCCCGGCUGCCUGAGGAUGACGAGAGGCCUCCAGAGGAGUAUGACCAGCCCUGGGAGUGGAAGAAGGAGCGGAUCUCCAAAGCCUUCGCAGUUGAAAUCAAGGUCAUUAAAGACCUGCCGUGGCCCCCACCGGUGGGACAGCUGGACAGUGGUGAAAGCCCCCCCGACGGUGAAGCCGGUGCCCCUGUCCCUCCACAGCACAGCCAGCACAGCUAUGAAGACACCAAUGGUCCCUCCGAGGGGCUGGGCUACAGCUGCACGUCGUCCUGCAGGGAGGAGAAGGCCAGGGCUGCCCUCAGACACGGCCCCAGCAGCCUCAAGAGCACGAAGACGCUGAUGGCUGAGCCAGGCCCCUAUGCUGGGGAGAGGAUUGACCCUGCCCUGCCCUUGGAGAGUCAGUGCUGGUACCAUGGGGCCAUCAGCCGGACAGAUGCGGAGACUCUGCUGAGGCUGUGCAAGGAGGCCAGUUACCUGGUGCGCAACAGCGAGACCAGCAAGAACGACUUCUCCCUCUCCUUGAAGAGCAGCCAGGGUUUCAUGCACAUGAAACUGUCCCGGACCCAGGAGAACAAGUACGUGCUGGGUCAGCACAGCCCGCCCUUCGACAGCGUGCCGGAGAUCAUCCAUCACUACGCCAGCCGCAAGCUGCCCAUCAAGGGGGCCGAGCACAUGUCCUUGCUUUACCCGGUGGCAAUCCGUACCCUAUAGUACUCACCCCCUACGAGCCAGGCUCAAGGCUGGGUGUACCCAAAACCAGCCCAUCUGCAGGGCCGAGCGCUGCCAUGCCAAGGACGGGCUCCAGACCAUUGGCCCACGAGCAGCUCACUGGGCACGGCCAGCACCGUUGGGGGAUUGCUGCAGCCGGACCUCUUGUCCUGCUCUCUCAGAGGGCUCCCGUGUGCUGGUUUUCCCACUGGCAUGGCACUGGAGGGACCUCCUUUGGAAGGAGCUUAGUGGGGCUCGCCAGCUGCCUGCUGCCAUCACCUGCCUCCAGGCAGAGCUCAAAACACAAGGACUGGAGCUGGGGCCUGGAAAAACCCGGGGAAGAGGGCAGUGGGUGCGAAUACGGGGAUAGAUAUCUGGUAGCAGGCCUGAGGUGCCUCUGGGAGGGUGGCUGGCACUGCCUGUGAGAGACAAAAUGGCUGUGCCUGUGGGCAGGGAGGCUGGCGGGGGUGAGCAGGGCCUGCCUGGGGCUGUCGAGCCGUGGUGGGGGCUGGGUAGGCUGGCCCUCACCUGCACAGGUGCUUGGUACUCAAUGCCAUCCUUUGCCAAAUGUAAAUAGUGACUGGCCUGGGCUGCACACGCAGCACCACUGCCUAAUAAAGCAGCGCAUGGUCACCUCCUGCUCCACGGGAACUGUGCCCACGUCCCACCUGGAGUGGAGCAACUGUGUGGCAAAAGGGCAGGGAGGGACGUUUUGUUACAAAAAAGCUCUAAGUGAAGUGAUUUUUCCUGUGCUUUUGCAUGCACUUGAGACCCCCUGUGCCUAAGCCAUCAGCUGACUCCUCGGAGACACAGGGGACAAGGGUGGUCACACCCUUGUGAUGUCUUUGAGACCCUUUGUGGGCAGUGAUGAGCUGAUUUUGCAUAUGCCUAUUACUCCCUACAGAAGUGGGUGCUCUUCAGGAUCUUUUGGCUCCUUGUUUUUUUUCACCUAUUGUAAGUCUGAGGCAAAAUCCCUGAAUUUCACAGAUUUUCUGAUCUCUUCCUCUGA